UCGACGCGAGUAACACGAGACUAACUUUUUCGCUUCCAAUCUCAGAGAAAAAACCUAGCUAGUAGAGCACCGGAAAGGACCGCUUAGGGAAAAUAGAAAGCACACAUACUCGCAUACAGUUUCUCAGGCAGAUUGCCGAAUAAUUUCACAUAAUCAGGUAUCAAUAACUGGCACAACAACGAGACCGACAUAUCAAGUGUACUGGGUACAUUCAUACUGUUGUCAUACUGUCAUACACGCACAUAUCACUACUUGAAUCUUCCGAUUGAUUCGUUGACUUCGCUGAUUGAUUCCUCGUAUAGUUGCAUUGCUCGGUACACAAACGAUUUCACCAAAAUGAUGGAGCCGACGCACGCAGGUUACCAUUUAUGGCGUCACUGAUUGAGAACAAAGGGACAAAAGGGUUCGUCUUCACUGGAUGACGACAUUCCCCAUUUCUGCGUGUCAUUCCUAACGGUAAAAAAAGGUAACCAUCUUUCUUUACACCACUGGAUGACGACACUCUGUAGUUUCUCUCGGACUCUGAAUUACUUAGGAAACCAAAGCUCCCAUGAUUUGCAUUAGCAGACUUCCUGGACAGCACCAGUAGUAGAUCCUUUUGAUCUUUCUACCAAGGUUCUCGAUCCGUACUACAUUAGCAUGAUUGCGUCCCUUUCAUACCAAGCAGGCCAAGAACAGCAGCAGCCUCAGCAGGUGCAAAUGCCUGGUCAGAUGAUGGCACCCUCCACACCAGUGAUGAUGCAGCCGCCGAAUAACGUCGUGAUGAACAUCAAUGUCCCUCAUGCAAACGGAUACGGUUAUGGCUGUCUAGCUUGACUGCUAUCUAACAAGGGUGCUAUCUUUAUCUAACAAGAGAGCGAUCUAACAAGCCUUCUCUGCAGAGCACUCACCUCAUUUGUUCCAGAAGGGAUGACUAUGAUGGAAGGAUCAUUAGAUUUAUUGCCUGAACAUGACUUACUCUACCGUCACAAGAAAGUGAAAAUCUGAAUUUUUCGAAAAUCUAGUUCACAACUGUACUUUCCAGGUGAAAUAAACGUCAACUAUUGGUAAGACAUGGUAAUCCAAAUAUUUUUACUGAGAUGAGGUAGAAGCGCCUUCAUUUUUUCUCGAUUCCGAUGCAGCCCAGUGGUCCUAUAGACCCCUUGAUGGAUCCGAGUCUGCCUGGCGUCAGAAUUGUUAUGAGACUCUACAAAUAUGAUCUUGCAGCCCAAUUAACUUGACCUCUUGCCAGGCACAUCAAUCAAUCAAUCAGCAAACUGUAACUGUAGUCGUGGUUCUCUGUGCUUUCAUAAUGAAAAUGAUCCAGCGUUUUUGAGUGAUCUAAAUCUCUAUCGAAUUCCAAAGUUGGACAGGAUGGGCAUCUAAGUCUAUAAUCCAGAUCUAUCCUGAUCCUAUCUUAGCUCCGGCAGUUAUUUGUACUUGCUUCUACUCCGGUUUGGAUUGAGAAUACUUCGAAAAUCAGGUAGAUCUUGUACUUGCUUCUAAUCCGCAUUGGAUUGAGAACACUGGGCAAUGCUGCACGAACCCGGAGUUUACUGUGCGCCGCCUGGAGCACGACGCUGCGGUGUGGAAUCCGGGUAAGGCUAAGGCUGCCGCGCCACUCCUCUACAAAGGCGAAUUCAUCGUGCCACUCUGCGGAGGAGACGUCACUUUUCAGGUAUUUCUUCACAGAAAAGCGGGUAGAACUCGUCAGGGAAGUCUUAGCCAUCUUGCCGAAUAGAUUCAAAUCGUCACUUCUUCACGGAAAGCAUAUUUCACAGAAAUCGCUUCUGAGCCAGGCAGUCCCCUAGGUUGUCACGUGGUACCUUGAUGAAUAAGAAUGGAUUUCUAUUCAAUCAUGCAGCAUGAUUCACAGCUUCUUGUGUCUCAUGUCCUAAUAAAUUCGUUUAUCCUGUCAGGCUGAUUUGAUUAAGGUUUACUCCCAAGGUAAUGAAUCUACUGGGUAUACCUACUUUUCCUAGUUUCAAUUGGUAUCCUGGUGCAUGACCUCCCAAGGUAAUGAACUUGUCCGGAGGACUGUAUUUGCAGAAUAUGCACCGCAUGCAAUGCUGCGAAAGUUGGUGGGAUAUCGUUUGGCGUGGGGCUCACGCAGGAACUGGUCGCAUCGUUUCUGCCGGUUGUUGUAAAAACGACUUUGAGAUCAAAGACCCGGAUGGUACUACUUAGUUUUACUUAGAUUUACUUAGUUUUACUUAGAUGAAAGACCCAGAUGCGGAUGGUAGUACGUGGUUUCUUCACGUAGUUGCAAGUAUUGCUUGUUGUUUUUACGUACUUGGUUUUACUUAGAUGAAAGACCCGGAUCAUGGUACCUUUCUUUGCCUAGUUUUACUUGGAUGAAAGACCCAGACGCAGAUGGUACCUUUUUUGCUCCCAAUUAGCUCCAAUUACCACCUCCAAGCGCAUAAGUAGAAGGGCAUUCCUCCGUGGCUCCCCUCUCGCCUUUUCAGAUCAAGUCUGUUGCCCUUCCUCAGAUCAAGUCCUGAUGCGUAUGCCAGCUCAGGCGUCACGACCGUGCUGCAGCUGUUCGGCCCCUUUCACCUGGGAGGGCGUUGCAGGAUACGAGCGAAAGCAUCUGCGUUCGCUAAUUCACUUCCAUUUUUAAGGCUUUUUUUUUUUCAAAAAAUCUUCAAUCUUGACUGGGGAAAACAAUAGAACAGUCAUAUUCAUCUCUCUCCAUCUAAUUUUUAUUCAUCUUAGGGCUAUGAGAGGCUUAUUCUUCGUGCUUUUUCAUCUGUAUCUCAUCGUAAUCUUAGGGAAUAAUUUGCCCAAUAGAUUCGCGUCAUCAUCUCUUUGUCAUAUCUUGGUCUGUAAUAGUUGGCUUACUUGGUCUGUAAUACUUGAAUGGCCUCAAAAGUAGACAAUGAUAGCUACACGAGAGGCACCACGACAUGACAAGUAGUGUAGGAUACUAGGUGCAGUCUGCGCCUCUCCUCUAAUGUUUGGCGGGAUGCUGUACACCAGCUUAUGUGACCAUCGAUUUUAUGGGCAUCACGGACCCGCUGUUGCGUAUGGCUGCUCUCUCCUUCGCCUGCACGAGGGCGACCUUCAUCGUGCAGCGUUAG